AUGAUGGAGGUCGAUCUCAUCAUAAAAUUAGGAUUCUUUAUUCGUGAUCUGCACAACCACAUCGCAAAGCUUCAUGAAGAACAAUAUGUUAGGCAUGCAUAUAUGAAAUCGUUUACUGUUUAUUAUGGCCAAGGACUGCCAAAGACCGAGUUUGAUCAAAUGCUGAAGACACAAGGUGGAAUUUUAUCAUUCAAUAAUUUCUUAUCAACUAGUAUGCACCGUCAAGUAUCCCUCAAUUUUGCACGCGAAACUAUGGAAUUGUCUGAUCUUGUUGGUAUUUUGUUUGUCAUAAAACUAGAUCCAUCGAUCGUGUCAACACCAUUUGCUGACAUCCGUGAUGACAGUUAUUUCGAAGGAGAAGAACAAAUUCUCUUCUCCAUGAAUUCCAUCUUUCGUAUUGGACCAAUAAAACAAAUUGAUGGAAAUAAUCGUCUGUGGCAAGUCGAUUUAACAAUGGCCAAUGAUAACGAUCCAGACUUGCAUGCAUUUACUGAAUGGAUGCGAGAAGAAACUAAAGGAUCGAUAGGGUGGCUUCGAUUAGGAACUUUUAUGGUCAAGUUAGCUCAGUACAACAAAGCCGAAGAUUUAUAUGGAAUAUUACUCGCGCAGAGAACUAAUGAAGAUGAGAGAGGACAUAUUUUUUAUCAGCUCGGAAUGAUUAAGCUUCGCAAAGGAGAGUAUGCAGAUGCGCUCACAUCUUAUGAAAAAUCACUGAAAAUCCGUCGAAAAAAUCUUUCAUCGCAACAUUCGAAUCUAGCUGAAUGUUACAACAAUAUAGGUGUGGUAUAUGAAAAGAUGGGGGAGUAUUUGAAUGCACUUGCAUUUCAUCGAAAAGCGUUGGACAUCUAUCAAAGAAGUCUUCCUUCAAAUCAUCCUGAUUUGGCUACUUCUUACAGCAACAUUGGCUUGGUGUAUUUCGAAAUGGGUGAUUAUUCAAGUGCACUUUCAUCUCAUCAAAAAGCACUAAAAAUCUACCAAGAAACUCUUCCUUCAACUCAUCCCAAUUUGGUUGCUUCUUACAAUAACAUUGGUUCGGUAUAUGACAGACUGGGCGACUAUUUGAGUACACUUUCAUUUUAUCAAAAGGAGUUCGAAAUUCGCCAAAAAACUCUUAGUUCAAGUCAUCCUGAUUUAGCUACUUCUUACAAUAAUAUUGGUUCGGUCUAUACAAAGAUUGGCGACUAUUCUAAUGGACUUUCGUAUUAUCAGAAAGCACUGAAAAUCUACGAACAAAUUCUUCCUUCAAAUGAUCCUAAUUUGGCUACUUCUUACAACAAUAUAGGCUUGGUGUAUGACAACAUAGGCGACUAUUCGAGUGCACUUUCAUUUUAUCAAAAAGCGUUGGAAAUCCAACAAAAAUUUCUUCCCCCAAAUCAUCCUGAUUUAGCUACUUCUUAUGAGAACAUUAGUUUGGUUUAUGAUAAUAUGGGUGACUAUUUCAAUGCACUUUCAUCUCAGCAAGAAGCACUGGAAAUAAAACAAAAAUGUCUUCCUUCAAAUCAUCGUGAUUUGGCUACUUCUUACAACAGCAUUGGUUUGGUGUAUGCAAAAAUGGGUGACUAUUCUAAUGCACUUUCAUUUUAUCAAAAAGACUUCGAAAUUCGCCAAUUAAUUCUUCCUUUGAAUGAUUCUAAUUUGACUACUUCUUACAACAACAUAGGUUCGGUAUAUAACAGCAUGGGUGACUAUUCGAAUGCACUUUUAUAUUAUCAAAAAGCAUUGGAAAUUGAAGAACAGACUCUGCCUUCAAAUCAUCUUGAUUUGGCUACUUCUUACAACAACAUCGGCGCGGUUUAUGAUAAGAUGGGUGACUAUUCGAAUGCACUUAUAUCUCAUCAAAAAGCACUAGAAAUCAAAGAAAAAAUUCUGCCUCCAAAUCAUCCUGAUUUGGCUACCUCUUACAAUAACAUUGGUUCCGUGUAUGACAACAUGGGUGACUAUUCGAAUGUACUUUCAUCUUAUCAAAAAGCACUGAAAAUUUACCAACAAAAUCUUCCUUCAAAUCAUCUUGACUUGGCUAGUUCUUACAACAAUAUUGGUUUGGUGUAUAACGAUAUGGGUGACUACUGGAAUGCACUUUCAUUUUUUGAGCGUGCUGUUGAAAUUGGACAACGUUCACUACUAGAAAAUCAUCCUAGUCUACAAUUAUGGAAGAAGAACCUCGAAAAUGUGAAGAGGAAUAUGUAA